GUUCUCCUCGCCAGAAAGCAGCCUCGUUUCUUGCUCCGACACCGCCAGAGAUACCAUGGGCGCAUUUUCAGCGCCUCGUACCUGCAAGUGUGGAGGCAGAUGCGGGUGUUGAUGUUCGUGCCGUCGUGAAUCAGGCAAAUAAUUAUAGAGUAACCUCCGGUACAACUUCAACUAAAGAGAGCGGAGGAGAUCCUCCAGUGUCAAGUUCAACUUCGAGAGGAUCAACUGCUGCUUCAUCUUCUAGAACGCUUGGCUCGUCGGAAGAAGGCGUAACACAAGCGUUCUGUUCCGAACUCCUAGUCUACUUGCGAUCGAUUUUUACGCCAGUUCUUGUGGCCGCUCCUCCGUCAUCCUCCUCUACAACGACCUCUUUUUCCCUCGACCCCUUGGUAAACGUCCUGCUUUCCUUUGCCGUUUUCCCUGCUUUCGCCCACUACUUGUUGCAUUGCGUGAUUGCCAAGAAAACGAGGUUCCUAGACCAUGCUGAUGGGUUAUUGCGUGGGGCUCAACAGAUCAUAGCGGACGUUUAUCGUGGGAAAGAACCGGAGGAACACUUCUCUACGACCAACCUGGGCUCCGGAGAUAUGGCUAUAUUUCUAUUCAGUCCUGUUGUAGAUCGAUCAAUCGAAGUAACUUGUUUUGAGUGUACCACUCAUUUUAAUGGUCACUUCAGCAACUGUUUUGUCUUGCUGAAGGUAGAGAGUGACCUUUUGAGACAUGAUGAUGAUGAUGAUGAUGCUGAUGAUGAUGAUGAGAAGUUGUAGGUCUCACUUGAUGUCAAUAAAGAUCUCGAUCUUCAUCUUCGUUUUUUAUGGGCUUUAAUGGUUCCUGCAACACAACGAGCUCGGCUAGCAAAGAAUGGACAGCACAAGGAAUUUUUUUCCUCAUUAUGGAAGCAGUGUUUCACUUCCUUACGCGACUAUCCUUGAUGCGGAGAAUGGAUUUGCAGGUACUUUUUUACCAUUUCGAUGAGAGGUGAAAUGGUCUGGUCAUGAAUCAUCUUUUUGUUUUUUUUGAAAAAAGAAUGUCGUGCAUUGUUGUGCUUUCCAUGAUAGGCUUUCAAUACCCUCUCCCACCAAACUACACGAGGUCGGCACACAGCCACAGAAUCAAGGAGCAGCCGUCAGGAGCACCAGCAGCGGCGCAUCGAGCGACGAGGAGACAGUGAAAACGGAACAGCUUCGCGCCCAAGCCUUUGAUGAUAUGCUCGCACUUGCAGCGGAGAUGCACAAAUGCAAAGAACAGAACAUCGCAUCGACUGCUUCUAAUCCCUCAAUAUCAUCGCCUACCCCUUCAUCGUCCCUCCCAACAACAGCCUCCACCUUCUACCUAAGCACCAUCCUACCCCGGUUCCGAUGUUACCUGCAAAACGACACUGCAAUUGACCAAGUCUUGAAGGCAGUUCGAGACACGUUUCCGACAGGGAAUUUUCCACCCCCUGAGGCCUUGCACCAGGAUGGUGAGAUCGAUUUUGACCUUUCACCACAGAAAAAUGCUGUUGGGACGAGGAGUGGGUCGUUAUGGGAUUGGUGAUGGAAAAAUGCAUCACGUGACUGUCGAUAGAAUACUUCUACAACUUCUUGUGGGCUGAGGACUACAACAAGAACUAGGAUUGUUAGUGUCCUCACAAUCUCAUUUACGAAAUGGUAUUCCCACCUUUUUUUCUAAUGUCCCUAACAGUGGUACCACCAUCCCGAAGCAGGUCUCGAGACCGCUACGUCUUCGCCCCCGCCGUCGCCUCCUCCAAAGACCUGCCGCCUUCGGUCCAGCAGCAGCGGCUUCAGGACUUCAUUCGCAUUGUUCGGAGGUUUUUAGAGGCUUUGUUCUUCGAACUCCCCAAAUUGCGGGAUCAACAUCUUCAUCUUCAUCUACCAAAAAACAACGUUGCAAAUGCUGUAGUUGACGAGCCGAUGAAGCCUGCAAGUAGAAGAAGCGCUUCCUUCCAUCUCCGGAAAAGUAGGAUGCAAUCACCAACGGAUGCUAGAGGUGGACUUCUACUUCUUGGAGCUUCUUCAGCAUCCUCGCUUGAAUCUUCUUCAAGUGCACUAGUCCGGAAUGCUCGAUUCUCCCAAGCUUUGUUCCCGUUGUACGAGGAGAUCGCGGCGUUGGUCGAUGCGAAUCUUACUUCUGUUAUGAUGUGUGAACCUAAGUAGUUGAAGUUGUACGAGAACGAGUACUUCUGUGUCGUCCUCCGUAAAAAACCUUCAAGAACUACGAAGAUGAUUGUUGGUUGGCUUAUAUUUUCUCUAACUCAAGCGGCCUGUGGACAGUAGCUGGGUGGAACGUCAAUGUAUACAAAACGGAUGACAUGACAAAAAACAAAAAGCCAAUCACAGAAUUGAAAGCAGGAGAUCGUUUACGCUUCUUGAAAUGGUCCUCCAACGUCGAAGGGUUCAUGAACGAUGUCGAUUUAAUCAGACACUUGAGAACGAAUCCCAAGUGGGGAAAUACUAGUACAAGCGGUUUUUCGCCAGUCAGGAGUAGGAUGAAGAAGACUUCUGGGAGUAGUCGUGUUGGAGGUGAGGAUGAUCGUGAUGUUGACCGGAUGAGUGUGGCCAGUACUAGUUCAACAAGGACAGGGACUACAGAAGUAUCCGGCAACGGCAGUAUAGGCCUUGUAUCCGCUUCUUCGACGCCUUCUGACGUACAGCUAUCCUCAUACACAGGAGCAGGCUCCUCCAUACGACCAGCUACUAGCACGAAAAUUCCGACCGGAGCGACUAAUGAUCCUAGUCUCUUUUCUUCUCCUGCGGCAACCUGUCCAUCGCCAUCGGUCGUUCCUGAAGAUGUUGCCGGAAAAAGUGACGCUUUUCCUCCACCACCACCGCCUCCACUGCCUCCACCUGGUGGAUCACCGUUUAUAGCAUCGUCAUCUUCGUUAUCGUCCGCACCCGCACAACUAGCAGUGCUAGAACAGAGGAGAGAACAGCUGCUGGGAAUGCUCCAGUGCUUGCCUUUUGCCAGGAUCGUUUCGGUCGACCAAGGUGUGGUUGGUUGGAUACGAGUUGCAGAAUUCGUGUCCUCGAUAGAUGGAGCCAGCGCUUUCCAGAGAAACACUGACAAGAUCCGUUUGCAGUUGCAGGUUAGGGACGAGCACUUGUUCGAACACCAUAAUCCUGGAUUGCUCAGCAACAACAGCAAUUUUGUUGGAGGUGGUUCAGCUGAGCAGGGAACUUCUAGCUCUACCGCAGGAGCGUCAGAUCUUCAACAAAGUAGUGGGAUUGGAAGCAGUACUAGGGACGAUUCGAAUUGUUCCACAACAGGCACUCCUGUGACAUCAUCAAGCAGUGGUAACAAGAAGCUACCCAGCAGCACCAGCACAG